AUGGAGAAUAUGGACGUUGAUCAGGAUGACGACAGUGAUAGCGGUAUUAGUCAAGCUUACAGCCCUGCUGCUGUUCAUAGUUCACUGCGCAUGCCUGACAUUGCGAAAACAGAACUGGCUUCGAAAUUAGCGGCGGCAACGUCAGGAAAUCCAGCUCAUAUCAAAGCGCGCGUGUUAUGGAAAUACGAAGGCGUGGAGUCCACGGAUUUGAAUGCAGACAAAGGGGAAAUAGUUCUGCUUCUUUACAGGGAUAAAAGUAAAGUUUACGCGGUAAACAGAAAAGGAAAGAAAGGAUUUAUACCGUUUAAUUAUUGCUCUGUGCUACGCAAAAAUGACUUUGUCACAAAUGGCUCUUUUUCACCUGCAGAGCAGACGGACGAAGACGGAAACUUUCAUCCUGUUAAAGUAUAUUUUCAUGACGAUUUUAUUAAGGAGAAUGAUACAAAUUUAUUUCACCCCAGAAAUACGCGCAUCAGUGAAAAGCAAGACUCAUCUUCUAUACCGCGUUGCCGUAGCGACGAAUCGCUCUUCGGUCGUAAUAAGCAGAAGUCACGAACCCGACAGCUGUCGUCGUCACUCGAAGAGUUAACCGACGACAAUCAAACGACGUCGAUGGUCUCCAGUCUCAUUCAGUGGGAUCGGAAAGCUCCGGAGACUUAUCGGCGUCGACAGAAAGUGAAAGUGACUCACUUCAGAAAGUUUGAAAAUGAUGCUGUUAUGGUCUUGUAUGAUUUUCAAGCGGCUGAUGAGAAUGAUUUGGACGUGUGUAGAGGAGAAGUUGUAACUGUUCUCAACCGAGAUGAUAACGAUUGGUGGUGGGUUAUGAAAGUUGAUGGGGCAGAGGGGUUUAUUCCAAGUUCCUACACAUCUGUAGAAGCAGUACGCUUCACCGGUGAGUAUUUUGAUGUAAUAUAUUGUUAAUGGAUUACCAGUUUCCUUAAACUUUCCAGUUAAAGACGUGGGGCUGUCGUUCAGGCGGGCGAAAAGAACGUGCAGACGUCUAAAACUGUGCUGUGAGUCGUAACUAAGUCCCUAUAUCUAAGAGAGACUAGGCUCGCUUGUUCCACCUUCCAAAGGUAAUGCGCAUGAUCAAAGUUUAAGGUAAUUUAUUUAACACAACGUACGUCAUAGCAAAACCGCGAAUCAUACCCUUGCUAAACAUGCUACAGAUUUUAAGCACAGAAAAAGUUUUAUGACUGCGAAAAUUUUGCCUAGUUAUAUCAUUGUUUAGUAUACCGUGUGGCACGAAAUUUUUGCGGGUUCUAAUUUUCGCUAUUUUUGCGGUUUUCCAGCUUUCCGCAAAUAUAAGUUCCCGCAAAUAGAAAUUACCGCACAUAUUUUUCCCGCAAAAAUUUACUGCAGAGUAAAUAUUCUGUAACUUAAAUUCGCUACACAAAAAUACAGUACUACGAAAUCGUAUCUGAUCAAUCAAAACUUGUCUCUUACAUUUAGAAACAACGAAAUACUGGUUUAUUGCUUGAAAAUGUGUUUCUAUUGCACGUACUCCAUAAAAACGAAGAAAAUAUUAUCAAUGAUGGGAACUGGAUACUUUCUGAAAAUCGCAAAAAUUAAUAAUUCGUGCCACACGGUAUACUAAAACAGCGGAUAGUGUUUUUCGCGCGCUUUGAUUAGCUACUCAAACUCGGGAUCUCCAAUCAGUGCUAUUCACCACCGAGCUUGCUCCGAGUGACGUCAAACCCGCGUUGGUUACGAGCAAAAUCAGCCUCCCGGUUUGCUUCUGUAACAAACGAAAAAUUUUCACCAAUAAAACUAAAAGAAGCUGUUCCCGAUAACACGAAGAAGGCGACGAAAUUUGGUUUGACAGUUUUUACAGGUGAAGCUUUGUCUGUUUCACCUGAAUUGCUGGUUUGCAGGUGAUGUCACGGCUCCCAUGUUGGUGGUGUGUUGGUGGUCAGAGCAAAAGCUCAUACAAGACAUGUAGAUUCUUCGACCACCAACGUGGCAGCCUUGUCACGUGAUUGCAAGCCAAGAAUUUUGCGAUGAAACCGGUGUUUUUUGUUUUCAAAUGCAAAGUCUUUCGUUACUUUAUUUAGCCGGCGUGUUCAUAAAUAAGCUUACAAAACUUCAUGAAAUUCGGUAUAUAAUGGUUAUUUACUUUUCAAUUUAUUCAUUUUAUCGCAGACAUAACACCAAGAAGUACAGAUAGCACGACCAGCGGAAGUUCUGAGAGUAGCAUGAACCAAGUUAGGUUCCAGGACCCACUCUGCACUAUACAUAGUUACAUAAUCGAAGAUUCGGAAUCAGAUUCUGACGUAAAUGAACCACGUGACAUGGAAGAUGACUCGAUGUCAGACACGGGAUCUGCGGACGACCUUUAUUUCGAUUCCAAGUUUAGCACGUGGUGUUGAAGAAGAUACAGCUGACUCCAGGCUUAUUGCUGGUGAAAUCCGAGCAGAUUUUUGAGAUGGAACUGAGGAAGAAACAGCGCCUAAGAUCUAGACUAACCGAUCUCUCUCCUUCACUAAGAGAACUGCAGUAUCGACAUUGAACGAUUAUUACAGACAUGUGCAAUAGUUUAUCAGAGAUGAUAUUAGUUUAUUAAAGAAUUGAGAGUGGAUACACCUGUAUACGGUCUUCUUAGACAACACAUUCUCACAUAUAGUAUAUUCUGAGUGCACUUCAAGAAAUGAAUAACAUCAUGCCACGGAGCGAACAUACCAUUGGACUUUUUUCCUGAGAGUGAAACGGACAUCACAGCACUAUUUCAAAAAGCAAAACAGUUUGCUAAUCACUUUUUGAUUUUGCUUUAAUCGAGUGAGCGUUUGAGCUAGCUGCUGGCUAAGUGCGUUAAAUAUCCGGCAUAUGUAGGUUAUUCGCUUAAAACUUACUAAUUAAUUUCAACAUGGCCAUGAAUCAUUUAACACUGAGUAUGAAUUUCACGAAAUCGUCCUGACUAUGGCCGUGACAAAAUCGACAAGAAUCGUAAGUUCUUUUCUGUGUGUUUUUCAUCUACAGCGAAAAAAUUAUUGACUAAUAAAGACUGAUUUUGCUCUCAAGGGCAACGAAUACCGUCUUCUUACUGGGUUAUUUCUAGACCCAGGGAUGGUAACAUAUUUCCAUUAUCCGUCUAUAAGAUUGUUGCUAGAGUGGUUUUCGUUUGAGUGUCGUAAAACCAAAACCAAAGUAAUUACUCUGGCCAAUCACAUAGGACACAGACAAUACAUUGAACCAAUCAAAACUCGAAGUAAUUACAUGUGGCUGACGCAAAGUGUCACAAUUGGCUUUGGUUUUACUUCUGAUUGGAUGAAAAGGUGGCGCGAAUCUUUUAAGCCAAUCGCAUCGUGUAGAAAGUGCAAAACCAAUUACUUUUCGACACUCAAAUGAAAACCGCUCUAUCAGUAAUACCCCGUUUACAUGAAGAAAACUUGUCCUUACCUUUCCUUACCAAACUAGGCGAACCCUUCACACGAGGAACAAAAAGUUGACUCGAGUAUAGAAGGGUCACCAGCGAAGCCGUCGGGUCACCCUUUUUCGAUGCUAGGGUCACAAUCUCAGCCAAGCCAACUUUUCUCCACAUAAACACUUUGUACUUUGGCUAGCCCAGCCGGCCGGGUCAACUUGUAUGGUGGAGGCGAGACAAUCAGAACAUGCGUGAGCGCUGUUAUCAGCUCUUGGGAAAGCCGGAUCAACUUUUUUCUCACGUAGACGCUCGCUAUAUAAUUGACUCGGCUGGGAGGGUGACCCUCUUUCCAGGGUCAGCUUUUCUCAAUAAAACUGGGGCCUGAGUUUUCAGCGUCUCUCAUGUUCCUGCUUUGUCCCACCCUCGUACCAAGCGUCUUCGUUCCCCUUGACCAGCGGUCUCGUCAAGCCAGCAUGCGCAGUAAGGGACGAAGACUCGAGACGAGAUUGACUUUGACCACACCUCCCCCGGCGUUUCAGAUAACUAUCCAGCUAGUGAUAAGUUUUCUCCCGAAGGAGGCUCCCCCCUCACAAAGGUCAACAGGAGACGAAGAAAGGGAAGAGGACAGCGAAACGCGAAACUUAGUGGCGCUCUAUGAUUUGAAGUACGUGAUCGAACCAAGAUGGCUGCAAACUAUCAGUUUCAAAAAGUCCAGAAAAAAUUCUAUAAAAACAAGUAUUCUCUAUACCCUAAUUUAUUAUUACCUCACACUUAUAUCUUGGACUCCUCUAUUUACUUAAAUGGGACAGUGACCAACACGAAAGCUUGGGCUACUUUGGUCACUGUGCACAUAUCAACAACCCUGUAUAUUAUAUUUAUUUUUCAUCAUUUGCUAACCUACUGAUUCUGUAAGCCAUCUUGUACUGUAUCAACUUGAAUAGUGCGAAAUAAACUUGAACCUUAAACCUUGAACCUAUCAUCCGCUCAUCUCCCUCCACGCGUGGGUUGAUGGACCGACCUCAGUGUCAGUCCUUCAGCUGUUAGGUUUUAAAGGACGAAGUCUCUUUACGCUUCUCUCUACCCCUUCCCCUACGCCAGAAACACCUUUUAUAUAUGGUCUAGACCAUUCAUUUUUUUUAUCGCCGGCUGUAAAGAAAAAGAGAUGAUGUCCAAAAAUGGCCCCUGACUGCUUAUAGAUAAACCCCUUACCUACCUAGCAAUGACUUCGUGGAUAAAAUGUAACCGGCUUCAAGCAAACCCAAGGUGUAUAGUGGGCUUCUUUUGAAUAUUUCGAAACACCCAUUGACAGUAGUACUCCCCUUCCCCCUUCCCCCAACUGCAAUCAAUAAAUACUGCAGCCUAGAAGGUACGAGGACAACCCGACAAGUAGGCGAGCAGUAAACAAAUCCUAGCCACAACAAACACAAAACGGCUUUCCGGGCCUGAAAAGUUAUCGGGACUUUCGAGAAACAGGCCCCAGGGUUGUAUCGGUAUAGAACUUUUGCGCUAAUGAUGGAGAUCGAGACCCUUGUAGGAAAUUUACCGCAUUUAUUUUGGCUAGAAAAGAAAAUCUUUAUUUUUUUUAGCUAGGAGCCUGACUGACGUCAUGGAGCCGAUUAGAAAUUUGAUAGGACAGUGCAGUGUCCCCGCGCCACCAUGAAUGGUUUGACAUUCUGACAACCAUUUCAUUUCUCUAAAUAGAAAAUCAAAGUAUAACAUAAACUGGGAUACAAAAAAAUACGGCAAAUUUUUUAAAGGAUAAAGGAAAGAAAAAAAAUAUUGGGUUGUGUCAGAAGUGGGAUUCGAACCCACGCCUCCAUUCGGAGACCAGAACGCCCACCCCAUGAAUCAUGGGAAGGAAAUUAUCCUUGAGUCUGGCGCCUUAGACCGCUCGGCCAUCCUGACAACCCUGAAUACUAGAGUUCAAGUUUAAGGAUAUAAACAAAGAAACAUUCCGAAUACUUUUUGCAAUCGGAAAAAUCAUUUUUUCCUUUCCGCAUGUAAACUAAUUUUUCUACAUAAACAUAAAAAUCAUACAUUUUGGAGUUAAUAACAAAAACCUGAUCGAUUCUUCUCAUUCUUUGGAGGAUCUUUAAUUUUUAGCGCGUCCGAUAAUCCCUGGAAACUAGAAUGCCUGGAGGAAUUUUGGCAGAGGUCGAGGAGAAAAUACCGCCACCAAUGCAAAGUAAUUUUUUGGUUCACAAAACGGAAAAAGCAGUGGUUGUUGCAAACUAUCACAGCCCUGAUUUCACUUACGAGAAGAUCUCUACAGAAACUGUGAAGUGUGGAGCGAUCGUGGAAGUAUGUCAAGGAAAGUUUUCUCCAUUUUCGAUUCGAGUGUGGUUGAAUGUCAAGCCCAUCUUCGGAAGAAUUCUGUGGCAGCGAAUCUGCGUUUCAGAACAUUUUUGUGUUAAUUUAACCUCAUGGUUGUUUCAUCAGUGGAGAGGAAUAAAAGAAAGUAACGGUAAGGGAACUACGGAGAGUUUUAAACUUGUGUCUGCAUCGAAAUGGCUGAUAAAAAGCGAAAGAGAUAUUUUUUUAUAGCCAGUCACAUUGCAUUCAUGUUAAUGCUUGGAAAAUGAUAGAAAUCGUUAUCGAAGUUCGAAGUUAAAUGUAUCUUGUAUCUAAAUCUUCAUUUGCAACUUAAGUAGAAAUUUAGGUAUGACUAUGAUAUUUUCAAUUCUAACGUUAUGUGAAAACCAGCCUCAUAACAACACUCUAAGUUGGUUUCCACAUCAAUAUUUGGUAAAAAGGUUGUUGUAAUGGUGAGAUUGAUUUUUCUCCAGUUCUAAUAAUAUUAAACUUCUUUAACCCCUUUGCAUCAACAUAUGAUACUGAUGUUAGUUUUCUAUUUUAGUUAUUCCUGCAGCUGACAAACAGGCAAGAUGUAUAUUUGUUUUUAAUCCUGGCAAAGCAUGUUCACUUUACAUGCGUGAGAAAAAAGCAAAGAGCAGUUCUGAAGUUUGUUCAUUUCAUAUUCAUAUUAAUGUUCAGUCACAAACAUUUUUGUGUGUGGAGCCUGAUUUGAAGUGGUAAGUCUUUAUAUAGUGAGGUUACAGUCCAUUAAAAAAAGCCAGAUGAAGUGUACUCCUGUAGAUACUGUUAGUGAAUGAACUUUUUGAAUAUGAAUCCGUUUAGUCAUUGCUGAUUUCAGAUUCAUUUUUUCAUUCUUGCAUGAGCAAUGAGCAGUGAAUUCACAUUUCAGGAAUUUAAAGUUUAUUUUUCAUUCUGAGUGAAAUAUAGUCUUUUAAAAUUCACUGCUCAUUGUCCAUACUGUGAGGUUGAGAUCCAGAUUUGUCUUUGAUACCAGUAGCAGCAAUGGCUAACAGAUUCAGAUUUUUAAAUAAUCAGUCGUCAAGAGAUUCUGUGGGGUAACUAACUUGAAUGUUACCUUUAAUGCCUCGCAAAAGAACUCUUCCAAAUUAUGUAUAUGGUUUUGGGACUCCAUUUCCAGAACAGGUUAUUAUUAUUUACUGUAAGUUGAUUAAUUUCCACAACAGAAUGUUGUAACAAUCAAAUAGUCAUGCAGUUCUCACAAUGCCGGUCUGCAAUAGUAAAGCAAAUCUCUAAUAAGUAUCUGAAUUCUUAUGCUGUAUACAAAUAAUAUUGGUGCUUUCCUGUGGUUGGCACUCUAUUUAAACUACAAAUCCUUAUAAAAUUGACUUCAAACGAUCACAUACCUACUAGAUCCUAUCUGAGAAAAAGAUCAUGAAAGUGCUCCUUUAUAAUUAUACUUCAAUCCUGCCUUAAAAAGGGCUUUGAUUUGAUCAUUUAAAGUUUCACCUAAAGUACAAAGAACAGUUUGUAGUUUUGCAUUAAUUUUUAAUGAGCUGGUUAGACUGUGUCCAAUGUUUGCUGAUCCAUCUCUCUGGCAAUCUUGUUUACCACGCUUUUCACAAACAUGCAAACUCUAAAGUUCAAAAGCCGCCUUCACAAAAAUUAUUACUUUUUUCGCUGCCAUCAAUCAUAAUAAUUACAAUCGUAAGCAACGAACCUUGAAACACAAAAACACACAAAAUGAAUUAAAAUCCACCAAUCACAAAUCACAAACCAUGAUGUUAAAUUGAACCCAUUAAAGUAAAGUUUUGUUUCCUAAGAGGUCCGUUAAGAUGAUUGACGGCAGCGAAAAACCCAAUCGUCAGUUGGCUUUUGAACUUCAGAAUUCGUGUGUUUGUGAAAAGUGCAGUAAAGAGUACUGUGGUGUGGUCCAUAGGUGCAGGCGGCUCCUUGUUGGUCUUGUGGAAUAUAUGCAGCUUCAGGAUGUCAUGGCAUGGCUGUCAACUUUAGGAGGAGCUUACUCAGCAAUGGGAGAGCAUUUUUGUAGUUAUGUGAGUGAGUAGAGUAGAGUAGAGUUGUUUCUUCAGAACCCCUUGCAGCUAAGAGCUGGAUAACAGGAUCAUGUGCAAAUUACACAUAAUUAACAUUUAUCUUAUGACAAAAAAUCUAAAUAUUUCACAGAUACAAAUUCUGACAAUCUUUUUGUCUUACACAUUUUGUUACUAUAGUGUGACUAGCUUUUCUUUAUUAGUAUUGGAUAAAAACAUUACUGGUAACUUAACCCUUCUAAUCCCAGUUGCUGUUUUUGGGUGUUAUGCCAUCACAAAUGAAAAUCUGAACCAUUCAGUGAAUAAAAUCAAGAAUCUAUAAAUAUUGAAAAAAGAUACCUUAAUAUGCAAACAGUCUUGCCAACUGAAGUUUGAAGUCUUCACAAGUUUUUGUGCAUGAGAUAUUUACAGAGAAAUGUUUUACUUGAAUUUAUAGAGUGUUGUAAAAGAGAAGCAGAUACCAUGUUGUUGUCCUAUAUAGCCGCGAGAAUUAUAGAGAAAAAUUUGUUAAGUGAUAAAAUAAUUAUUAGUUCAGCUCCUUUGAGAUGAUUCGGAGGAAGAAAGAACAAAGAUCAGCUACAGAUGUCAACAUCGUAGUCGUGUCGUUUUUUUCUGUGCUUGCUUCCACUGUGGAUUUGCUGAUUGCUCCGAAGUUUCGCCACAAGCUCCUUUGAUUAUGUCAGCUGGAAACCAGCAAUAGAUUCUGCAGUCAAAAUUCAAGACUCAAGUUUAAUUAAUGAAAAUGAUCAGUUAAAUGACCUCUUCUGAUUGAGUCUGUCCGUGACCUGAAACAGUUCAACAUAGUCUGUAAGUCAUCUUUCGUUUUAAGAGUACACAUUGAAAACUUUUAAAAAGUACAUCAAGAAUAGAAAAUUUCAAUUUUACAAUGAUUACUGAUAGUGUGCAUUCAACCAUUGUCCAUUAAAUUUAAUGAUCUUUUAUUGUCUUUUUUUUUUUCAGUCUGAGAAAGCUGGUCAGAUUUCUCAACACCAGUUAUUGGUAGCUAUGAGAUUAGGAAAUCCAAUUCUUGCUGCACAGUGUAAAGUUUUUGCUGCAAUGAGCCUUAUACAAAGAGGACAAUUAAUAAUAGCAUCUAAAAUUAUAAGGUGUGUGACCUGGCCUUGGACAAUCGGUAUACCAUUAUUUUAUAUCUAAACCAUCUUGUAUUAAAAAAUUAGUAUCUGGAUAGUGGCUUUUUGUAUUAUAUUCUUCUGUAGCUUAGGAUGGACCGGGGUGGGUUGUCUCUGUUACUUGUUUCAUCAACUUCCACCCAAGGGACUUCCACCUACAAGCUGUACAUUUUUUAGACCAUUUAAAUUUAUUUUAUUAUUUGGUUUGCAUGCAUACAGUGUACACUCAUGGAUACGGCACAUACAUGUACUCUGCUAUUAUAAUCAUAACUAUAACAAAAUCCUCAAAUCUGAUUAGCUAUCAACUGGCCUGAUUUCAGCCUCGAUAGGACAGUGUAAUAUGACAGUAUGUGAAAUGCCUAAGUGAUUGGACAGUACGCACUAUAAUGCAUACACAUAAAUGUUUUUUUUUUUCACUGCUAGCAAAAAUAAAUUUCAGAAUUUCUUGUGCUUUGAUUUAAAUAAGAGCCUAAGAUAAGGCAAAUUUUGUUUAAGUUAUGAAUAAUUGGUAACAGAACUUCUUGUCGCCUAAUUCAGUCUAUAAUCAUACUCCUGAUUAAACAAAUCGGACUCCUGCUACAUGGUCAUCCUUAAUCACUCGUAUAUUAUUACAGACCGAAUUUGACUCCAGUAAGUCCUGUUACCAUUACUUAUGAUUAUGAUAAUUAUUUUACUUUGUAGGGAGCAGUAUCAUUUAGCAUUGAAUGGCUUACAGGAUGGAAAGGUAAUUAAAAUGACCUAGAAAAUGUACAUGUUUCGAAUGUAAUGUAUCCUGCCCUUUUCAUAAAUAAUGUAUGGUUGUCAUUGGCAAAGAUAAAUUUGCUGCUUUUGAAGCUAGAUGGGCAAUUUUCUGGUUGCUAUCUGGCCAAAUAGAACAAAAAUUGUCCAAAACACUUUUCAUACGUCGAGCACAGUGCUGCCUUGUGUUUCUGACUGUACUUCUACAAAAAUGAAUAGUAAAUUGCAGGUCUUUGGUAUAAGAAUGUCCUCAGAUAAUCUGAUAAUCAGGGCUGUAGCUAACAUUUCUAGUAGCUGGGCUAUAAGAGUAGCUGGGGUUCACUCUCAUAGUAGCUGGGGAAAAAUCCCAGCCCCAGGCUCUUAGUGACAGCCCUGGAUAAUUUUUGACAUUAUUUUCUUGACAGGUGUAACUUACAACUUCUUACAGAUGAGUUACUGAAAUUGUUUUUUGCUCUAGCAAGCCAAAUUUCUUUUGAUUGUGAUUGUUUCAGUUAUUAGCGUCCUGCAAAGCAGCCUGGAUUAGGAUACAGUACAUAAGGAAACAGCGCAAGGUAAUGACAAAAAAACCCCUAAUAAACAAGAACGCACCCUUACCUCACAAAUUUGUAAACGUUUAUAUUGCCUGUAGCAUGAAAUCAAUAAAAACUGAAUUACGUGUCCAAUGAAGCCUGUGACCAUCGUGCACUUGUCUAAUGUUAAGUUGUUAAUUAUUAUUGUAAUUGUCAAUAAUUAUUAUUCAAUGGAUACAAACCAAAAUGAACCUGUCUCAUGUACACACUUGUCUGGGUCUUGUGAAUGUUGACUUCAAUCAAUCAGUCAGUCAAUCCAUCAAUCAAUCAAUUAUCUUUAUGUUAUGCCCAAAGAUUUCUUUAACCAGUUGUAUCAGGAUUUCCAAAAUGAUAUGAUUUUUAUUGUGUCCACCCUACCCCACUGUAUAGUGAGUUAAUCCUGGCAGUUACCCCUGACCAGUGUUUAAUGUCGGUUUCCCCUGCUCAUUUUCCAUUCCAUUCUCUUUUUCAAGCUUGAUGUCAAUGUUUUCAUUUCAAUCAUGUUUUCUUUUCUUAGGCAAAGUUGUCUAGACUGCUGUCCUGUAAAGACGCUAGCACAAGAUGA